CCACGACCUCCCCCAUGUCUAUCUCCCCCAGCGACCUCCCUCCCUACCUCAACCUCUCCCCUCAUCUCUCUGCACACAAGUAUUUCUUCGUGUGCACUCUGACCGUCGCGGCAUGGGACACCCUUGUUCUCAGUCCUAGGAGCUGGAAGCUUCUCAGGGUGGAGGGAUGGCCUGUCCUCAAGAUCAUCUACUACUUCCUGCGGUUCUUCAUGCCCGUUGAGUUCAUCAUCGUUGGUGUCGCAUUCUUCGAUUCGAGCUGGUCGCGAUCGAUGUGCCAAAAGUUCUUCCUUUUCGAGCCUAUCUGUACCGCCUUCCUUCUUGCCGCUUGUUCGACUGUCCAUGUCAUUCGGGUGCAUGCUAUCCAUGACAAGAGCCGUUCAGUCUUGGGAGUCAUGGGCGCGCUCCUCGGCGUUCAAAUUGUCAUAACCGCCAUUUCUUGUGGUUUCUUCCGUUCUGUUCCCUUGGAGGAUGGCCAGGGCUGCAUCGCCGGACCCAAACACAACUGGGUCGGUAUCUACUGGGUCUCCGCCACUCUCUUGUAUACCACGUCGUUUGCCUUGGCAAUUUCACGUUCGAUGCAGUCUCUCCAAGUCAAACCGCUCAGUCCGUGGAAGUUGAUGCUACGUGACGGUCUCAAUCUGUAUGCCGCAAUUUGGAUCGUGAACAUGGUCAACAUGCUAUUUUGGUUCAUCAUCACUCCCACUGGUAUUGAUGACAGCGUCAAGACCAUAGUCACUAGCAUGACCGCUGUCAUCACGACAACCAUGACCCUUCGCAUCAUUCUCUCCGUUCGUGGCUCGCUCCACUCGGGCGGCUCUUUCGCGGGUGCCUCGGUCACUGCUAGCUCCAACUCCAACUCGGCCUCCCGCGGCAACGUCUCGCGCACGCACCCGAGCGCAUAUGGCCCCAACGUUCUCCAAAUCAAUUCCCAGAGCGUCGCGCCGACCUACACGCUCGACGGCAUCGCACAAAAGGCCGAGCACUGGAUCGACGCCGGCGACAACAAGAGCAGCGUGCACGAGGGUGAUACCAAGGAGGUCGUCGCGCCUUUGGACGCGCGCGCUGAUAUGCAGACACCCGGUCUCGGUGUCAAGAUCACGGUCGACACUGAGGUGGCGGAGUAUACCCCUCAUACCAAGUGAUGUGAUAUAUGUCUGGUCGAAGCGCCGCCCCUUCACUUCCGCCUGAUGAUUUUUUGAUGAUCUACCUCACUGUUGUUGUUCCAUGUACGCUGUAUCUGGUAUGAUGAUACUGAGAAUCAUGUACAGUUUUGGCACUUUCUAACCGUCCUCCCAUCUUUGGAAAAUAUCCUACUUACGUCUUUAGAACUCCGUUUCUACUGAGCAACUUCUUGCGCCCCUCUUUCAUGAUGCCGGUUACUUAUAUUUAUAGUAUCAUUUGGUCAAUUCGUGUCUUCGGGAAACUGGUUGGGAACAUCCAGCAACAUGUAGCAACAAGUUCGCCUUGCCAUCAUGCACCUUGAAUGCAUCAUGAGUCAGCGC